AUGUCUUCUCCUUUGGCUUCUCCGUGUGAGGACGGCGUCCCCGCUCCUCCAGCGUCGCCACCACCACCUCUGGUUCCUGCCGGCUUUGAAGAACCGACCUCACAAGCGAUUAACCAGCGAUGGCUUGGCUUCUGGAACCCGUAUACUAUCCUCCAACGUGGGUACAUGCGCCGGCCUUCACGUUACUCCUUUGCUAAUCCACCACCGUGGCAUCAUCAUCUUGCUCGUCCGCAGUAUCCGAGGUGA